GUCAUCUAGCGACUAUCGGUGCGAUUGUGGAGGACAGAAGGGCGGGACAGAGGCGACGUUUUCCUUGUUCGCAGACCGGAAUCCCUUAGACGCUGCACCGAGGGGCGGGCCGCGGACCUCCGGCAGCCAAUAAGUGAGGCUGUUGUUCAACGUGGACUCGGCCAGUGGGAGGGCUGCUUGUUGCACUGCAGUUGGCAGGCGGCUGCGGGAGGCGGUGGCGGUAAGAAGCCGGAGGCAGCGGGGUGACAGAGUUGGAAAAUAUUUAAGUCUCAACAAAUGAAUUCCACACUUGAACUCUGCCGCAUUCCUGUGCCACCUCCUCCUUUAGAAAACUGAUCUUAGAACAGAGAGAUAAGAGUAACAGAAGGUAGAGGAAGAUGCUGGGAUCUGAACGUGGUGUUGUGGAAGAAUGGUUAUCAGAAUUCAAGGCAUUACCUGACACUCAGAUCACCAGUUAUGCAGCAACUUUACACCGGAAAAAAACAUUGGUACCAGCCCUCUACAAAGUUAUUCAAGAUUCAAAUAAUGAGCUCCUGGAACCUGUCUGCCACCAGCUGUUUGAGCUCUAUCGUAGCUCUGAAGUUCGACUUAAGAGGUUCACGCUGCAGUUCUUGCCAGAAUUGAUGUGGGUUUAUUUACGGCUUACAGUUAGCCGAGACAGACAGAGUAAUGGUUGCAUUGAAGCACUUCUGUUAGGAAUUUAUAACUUGGAAAUUGCUGAUAAAGAUGGAAACAACAAAGUUCUGUCUUUUACUAUCCCUUCUUUAUCUAAGCCUUCAAUAUACCAUGAGCCCUCAACAAUUGGAUCCAUGGCUUUGACUGAAGGGGCAUUGUGUCAGCAUGACCUCAUCAGGGUUGUUUAUAGUGAUCUUCAUCCUCAGAGGGAAACAUUCACUGCACAAAAUCGGUUUGAAGUCCUGAGUUUUCUUAUGUUGUGUUACAAUUCUGCUAUUGUGUAUAUGCCUGCUUCAUCUUAUCAAUCUCUUUGUCGGAUGGGCUCCAGGGUUUGUGUGAGUGGGUUUCCACGGCAACAAGAAAAACACUGGAAAGAACUCUGUGGUCGAAUAGUAUUGGAUCCCGAAUUUAUGGUGCAACUUCUCACAGGGGUUUAUUAUGCCAUGUAUAAUGGACAGUGGGACCUUGGCCAGGAAGUCCUUGAUGACAUCAUUUAUAGAGCUCAGCUAGAACUCUUUUCUCAACCACUAUUGGUUGCUAAUGCCAUGAAAAAUUCAUUACCAUUUGAUGCUCCUGAUUCUUCACAAGAAGGCCAGAAAGUACUUAAAGUGGAAGUCACUCCGACAGUGCCGAGGAUUUCUCGGACUGCAAUUACAACAGCUUCCAUCCGUCGCCAUAGAUGGAGGAGGGAAGGUGCUGAGGGAGUAAAUGGAGAAGAGGAGUCGGUAAACCUAAAUGAUGCAGAUGAAGGAUUUUCAUCAGGGGCUUCCCUCAGCAAUCAGCCAAUUGGGACCAAACCAUCCUCCUCUUCUCAGAGGGGAAGCUUAAGGAAAGUAGCAACUGGGCGUUCAGUCAAGGAAAAAGAAACAGCGUCUCCCAUCAAAUCCAGUGAAAGCCCUCGAGAUUCAGUAGUUCGCAGGCAGUAUGUACAGCAACCUACUGAUCUUAGUCUAGAUUCAAUUGAGCUGACACCGAUGAAGAAACACCUGAGUCUGCCUGCUGGCCAGGUGGUGCCAAAAACCAAUAGUUUAAGUCUAAUCCGGACAGCCAGUGCUUCCUCAAGUAAAUCAUUUGACUAUGUAAAUGGCAGUCAAGCAGGUACCAGCUUUGGGGUUGGUACUGAGGGAGUUACUAAUUUAGCAACUAGUAAUGCUAAUCGAUACUCAACUAUCAGUCUACAGGAAGACCGGCUAGGUCAAGCUGGAGAAGGUAAAGAGCUCCUCAGCCCAGGCGCCCCCUUAACCAAGCAGUCUCGAUCCCCAAGUUUCAAUAUGCAGCUAAUAUCCCAGGUGUAGUUUUGACAUCCUCUCUCAUCUUUCAUUUCAUUGUGAAGAAGAAACUUCAUCCCACAUUGUGAAAAUAUUGGUCAUGGUAAUCAGAGUUGAUUUAGUUUAGGUAUGUUCAUACUGUAUUUUGUAUGGAAACAGCAAUAAUGUUUUCUUUCUCCUCCUUCCUAUACCUUCUCUUCACCUAUUCCUUGUGAAUGUGUUUGUGAAGCAGUAUAAAAUAUUUGCAUUUUCCAUGCCUUCCUUUCUCCUUGGGUGAUGUGCAAUCCGUCGUAGGCUGAUCGGUCCCAUUUCAACACUGUGAGACUGAGGAUAUGUUAGAGGAAAUGGUGUAUAUGAUCCCUAUGAAAUGAUUCUUUGGCUUUCUUUUAAAAACACACACAAAAAAACGGGUUUGUUCUCAUGAUCUAUAAACUAUGAAUACUGGGUCAUAUUUUUUUUCUCUCAACCAGGAGUGCCUCAGAGAUUCUGCUAUGACUUUGGACUUCUCUGAGUCUGUGCAAUCAUUUUCUUGAGAAGCAUGGGGAAAGGUGGUAGACUCUGCACUUUUUUAUUAAAAUGAGUGUCUCUUUUUCUCCCAUCUCCUUUAUCUCGAGGAUAUGAAUGUUUAGUUACCGAGGCAUUUGAAUCAAGUGUGGCCACCUCCACUAGAGGGCAGUUGAUUGUGUAAUAAUUGAUAAUGCACUUUCUCAAUGGCUUAUAGUCAUUAUUAACAUGUCUUCCCUCCUCCCCACAAGGACAUAAGGUUAUUUCUGUCCUUAAAGUUAGAACAACUAACAAAUCAGAGAAUCCAAGGGGCAUGUUCUUUUUCCCAGGAAUGACUGACACUUUGGUGCUGGGGUUUUGUGGAGGGAGGGGUGGUCUUUGUUUAGCUUAUGUGGGAUUGUAUGUGUGAGGGGAAGUUUUGAUUGGUUUUCUUUCUUUGUGAGCUUAUGACUGAAGUAGAACAAGUACGUCUUCAGGUAAAGAGAGGGAUUUCUCAAGUACUUUCUGUGAUGUCAGACUAUUGGAGAAACCCUUUCAGCUGCUUUCUAGAUGUACCUAAAUUCAGUCAGAUGUUUUGGAUUAAGAAACCUGAAGUCCUGAUAUAUACUCCAAGGAAAUACAUCAGGGACAGAUAAUUGGCUGAAAACACUGACACUUCAAUGUGACACAUUUUUAUAGAACAUUUCUACAAGGGGGUACUGUCUUGAUUUCUCCUACAAGGACCACACUGCCUUUGUGUUUGAUGUAAUGCAAUUUGUGUACCUUCUAAUCAUAUAGCUGCGAAAGUUUCUCAUUUUUAUAAAACUUUGAAAUCAUGCCAGUAAGCUAAAUGUUGAAUGUAUGUAAAGUAGCAUUUGGUAACUAUGCUACAAAAAUGCAUUACUGGUUUAAAAAAAAAUCUGAUUUGGUUGGUUAAAAUUUCAUUAUGACCUCUUCUGGGUUUUAGGCUCUAAUGCUUGAUUAAAUAGAAGAGAAUAUGUUGGUUUUUGAAAAUCAGUAUAUUGUGACUUGAACUGCUAUGUGUUAUUCUUCCACAGAAUACAUCAGAACUAUUAGUGCUUUGUAUAUUUAGACAUUUUAUUUUAUUUUUGUGAAAGAAAAAUAUACUGAAUUUAUAGAAAGCAAGUAUUCUCAUAAUUAACAAAGUUUAAAAUUUACCUCUACCAAUUAAAACUAUAAUAGAUUUUGAUAAAUAAAAUAACUGGAAAAAUGCCUCUUAUUCUUUUCAUACCUAUAAUUCUCCCCCCUCCUUUUUUUUAAUUGUAAGAGGUUUUUUUUUUUGUUUUGUUUGUUCUUAAAUGGAUUUUCUGUUAUAAUCUUUAUAAAGCAAUUAGAUGCUUGUUUGAAUUUGGUGGUCUGUAACAUUUUUCAUCUCAUAUUAAAAUGGAAAACUAGAACCUGAACUAGUAUCUACGAAAUUGCCAAAGUCUAGGAUAAAGCUAAAAGUUGAUAGAGAUUUAUUGAUUUGUAUGUGUGUGUACGUAUGUGUAUAUAUAUGGUGUGUAUAUGUAUAUAUUACAAAGACAUAUUUUAGGUAUCCCUUACUUCUAAUUUAACUAAGAGAUAUCAGAUAAAUGAAUUAAAAAUUAGCCAAAAUAAAUUAAGUGUAAAGAUUUGUAACAUAGUAAGGAAAGCAAAGUUUAGGUAUAAAAGGAAAAGAGCAUUAUACUUAACCAGGGCGAGAGAUCU